AUGAUAUCGUGUUUCCUAUGUUUUAGAAAUUUUGGAUAACCGCCAUGUCACUCAAUACACUUGUACGGUAUUUGGCCGAUGGCUUGAGUAUCGCUACAAUUGGAAUGUGCUUUGUUUUAAAAUUUCCACAAAUAUUUAAGCUGCUUAAAAAUAGAUCAACAACGGGUAUAUCCUUUAAAAGUUUAGUGUUGGAAUUAAUAAGUUACAGUAUUACAACGUGCUAUAAUUAUACAAAUGAUUAUUCGCUGCUGUCAUAUUUAGAAUAUCCAAUUAUACUACUUCAGGAGUAUAUUCUCAUAUACUUGGUGCUUAAUUAUAUGAAUUUAAUGAAUCUUCAAUUAUUGGUAGCGUCAUCGGCCUACUUUGCAAUUUUUAUUGGCCUGUUAACCGAAUGCCUACCAAAGACGAUUCUCACUUUCGUAAUGCCAAUGUGUACGCCCAUAUCUGCGUCUAGUAAAGUAAUUCAAUUGAUGACCAUAAUCAGAGCAAAAAAAGCAGAUUCCGUAUCACCAACGACUUGGGCAAUUUCAACCUUAUCGAAUCUCACUAGGAUAUUUACAAUAUGGAUGGAUUCAGCGGAUAUGUUGCUUUUGGGAAAUUUUAUUAUCUCAACUGCCUUGAGCGCAUCGAUUAUGCUUGCAGCGCUUUAUUACAAAACAGAUAUCGUUAAAAGAGAAUAGAAAGAGAUGUACAUUCACUCGAGAGAAACAAUUAAUAUAUAUAAUUCUGUAAAAUAAUUUUUAUUUUAAGUUUAUUUAUAAAUUUUAUUUAUAUUUAUACCACUUUGGUGUUACAUCACUGUUUAUUGCAUCAAAAUAUAUGAAAAAAAUCUCUUUGGACAAAUUUACUUUUAAAUAAUUAAAAUUGUAAGAA